AUGAUUAUUGCUAUAUUGUUACUACUUAUCCUUAUUGUAUUGGUAUACAAUUAUUACGUACAUCAUGGGAGAAAUGGGAAACUUAUCAAUCUUAUACCAGGACCAGUAGGUUACCCGAUUUCUGGAAAUGUAUUAGAUUAUAUGUGUUCUCGAGAAGAACAAUGGAAGCUUCUGAUUACCAUACCUGACAAGUAUUAUCCCAUUCUUAAAGUUUGGUGUUUUUUUACUCCCGUUGUAUCCAUCCGUCAUCCAGAUGAUUUAGAGACAAUAUUAAGUAGUACAAAGCACAUCGAUAAGAGUAUGAUUUAUGACAUGUUACUUCCUUGGUUCGGCACUGGUCUUCUCACCAGUAAAGGUUCCAAGUGGCAUAUGCGGCGAAAGAUAUUAACCCCCACAUUUCAUUUUAAUAUACUGCAGCAGUUUGUAGAGAUUUUGAUUGAGGAAGGCGAAUACAUGACAAGGUCUUUGAAAAAUGCAGGAGGCACAGUUGUAAAAGAUUUAGUACCAUUUGUUAGUGAACAUACACUAAAUGCAAUAUGCGAAACUGCCAUGGGCACUUCUCUACAUGGUCUCGGUACGUUUCAGCUAAAGUAUCGAAAUGCAGUUCAUCGGAUGGGCGAACUUCUUAUUUAUAGAUUACUAAGGCAAUGGUUGCAAAACAAUUGGAUAUAUUCAUUAACGCCAAAAGGCAGAGAGCAAGCAAAAACUCUGAAGAUAUUACACGGAUUUACUGAUCAAAUUAUUGCAGAAAGAAAACUGUAUCAUGAACACACCAAUGGUCGAUAUUUGAAAAGCUUCGAUAAUGACACAUCGAUAGAGACAGAUGAUGCAGACACAAUUGGAAUAAGAAAAAAGCGGCUCGCAAUGUUGGACCUUCUAAUAGUUGCAUCUCAAAAAGGGCUUCUGACUGAUUUAGAUAUCAGGGAAGAAGUUGAUACUUUUAUGUUUGAGGGUCAUGAUACUACAGCGAUAGGUCUAAGCUUUCUGUUAGCACUAUUAGCUGAGCAUAAGGAUAUUCAGGAUCGUGUCAGAAGCGAAGUUGAUACUGUUAUUCAAGAAAGUGGAGAAAAAUUUACUAUAAAAUCAUUACAAAAUCUACCAUACUUAGACAGAUGUAUAAAGGAAGCGUUACGUUUAUAUCCCAGUGUAUUUUUCAUAUCACGUGUCGCUGCGGAAGAUGUAAAAUUACAAUCAUAUUUAGUACCUGCUGGAACUAUUUUACAUCUUAAUAUUCACGGAGUCCAUAGAGAUCCUAAUUUUUGGCCAAAUCCGGAGGUAUUUGAUCCAGAUAGAUUUUUGCCUGAAAAGAUAAAAAAUCGUCAUCCUUACUCGUACAUACCAUUUAGUGCUGGACCACGUAACUGUAUUGGUCAACGAUAUGCUCUACUGGAAAUGAAGGCGAUGGUAGCUCCUUUGAUACAUAAUUUCUAUUUGGAGUCCAUUGAUUGUUUAAAAGAUCUUCGGAUACAUGCUGAUAUAGUACUUCGCUCAGCUCAUCCAAUUCGUGUAAAAUUUGUCCCCAUUUACAAAUGAAUAUAAGCAUUUGAAGAAAAUACCAAGAUUAAGUAAAUGUUGUA